GUCUCCCGUCAGUGUCAAUUCGAAUUAAGAAUGCUGAUCGUCGUUGUCACGGACAUUUUCCAUCUCCUAAGAAUAAACGUGGUCCAUCGUCUUUGACUAGUUUUCCCGUCUGAUUUUUAUAAUCCUAUACGUGUUACGGAGUAAGGUACUGGUCGAUCAAACAGCCAGCCACAAUGCCCGACCAGGAUGCCAAUCCCAUCUACGAAACCUCACCACGCUCCUCCCGUACCCAAACGGAGCUUCUCCCCCUGCUGCGAUCCCAUCUCCCCUACUCGCUACCCCUGCUCCGUCGCAUCCAACACGAGAUCGCCCAUCCCUCCCCCACCGCCGUCAUCUUAACCACAUUCCCGGCGCCAGCUCCCAGUUCCGGUCCCAGUCCCCGGGUCCCCGAAUAUGACGUAUCCCCCUGGCUACUAGCCUACGUCGACCUCUCCGCAGGCCGGGAGACCCAAAUCGUGCUGUACUCGAGUCUAGAGCGCGCCUCACUUCAUCCCACCACCAUCACCACCAUUACCAACACCAACAUCACCAACCCCACCAUCCCCAUAUCCACCCUUCCCCCAUCCACAACCAAGAAUCUCCUCCCCCUCCGCACCCAACUCCUCUCCCUCCUAAAAUACAUCAAAACCCAUCACCUCCCACCCUACCUCUCCACCUUCCCCCCUCCCCCACCGAAAAAUGACCACCAACUCGCGCCCCCUCCCCCGACAGCAUUUCUGAUCGGGAAUCUGCACACAGGGGUCUUUUCAUCCCUCCUCCGCGAAAAGAUCGAGUAUGCUACCGCGGACCUAGAAACCGACUUCAUCGACGGGAUUAAGAUCCAUCGCUACGAUCGCGCCCCCUACGUCAAGUACCUUUUCCCAGAAGAGAGGAUAUACGCGGAGAAUGAGGCGAUAAGUGGUUUCCACUUCGGAGAUGGGAAUGUAAGGAGGGAGGAUCUGGGUCUUGUGAGGGCUCGGACGGCCAUUCCGCGGUCGGAGGAGACGUUGGCGAGGUUGAGGAGUUGUGCGGUUUAUCGUGAUACACCUGUUCAUUCUAUUGGGGAGGGGAAGCCAGUUGCGUGGGCGUUUCUAGGUACGGAUGGGAGUUUGGCUACGUUGCAUGUGGAAGAGGAAGUGAGGGGGUUGGGAUUGGCGGGGUUCGUGGGAAGAGAGGUUAUGAGGAGGGGAGUGGAGGAUGUUGGGGGGGGAGGGGUGCAUGCCAAUGUGGCCAUGGAGAAUCGGGCGAGUCGGAGGGUGAUGGAGAAGUUGGGGGGUGAGGUGGGAUGGACGGUGACUUGGACGGUGGUGGAGGUGUGAUUCAUUCUAUAUAUUUUAUAGAGUUAGAGGACAUAGAUGGUGGUAUAUACGGGAGUACUUCAUGAUGUUUUGGCCAUGCUAGUAUAGUAGUGUCUACAGAUACUCCCCUCGUACGGGUAACAACUACUCUUCUCUCCUACAUAAAUAGUGAUCUGGGCCGGUAUCUAAAUAGUAAACAUU